GAGGCUGACUUCCGGGUCACGGCGGAGCGGGCUCUCACGUGGAGGCGGGGAAGUUUGGCCUACGGGGUUGAAGAGGAGGAUAUUCAGUGCUCAAGAGGAGGAUGCUACAGUGUUCUGAACCGCAGAAAUAGGGAGAGAAGGAAUGAUCACUAAGACCCAGAAAGGAGACCUGGGCCUUGGGCUCCCAGAGAAAAAGAAGAAGAAGAAAAGGAAGGCAGUCAAAGAACCAGAGACUCAAUACUCAGCUUUAAACAGUGACACUUAUUCUGCUGAGGUUUGUCCCACAAGAGUCACAUCACCCUCGAAGAAUGUGGUCCAAGGGCCGGCACCCGAAAUGCCUUUAGUAAAGAAAAAGAAGAAAAAAAAGAAGGGUCACAGCACUGGCUGCGGAGAGCCCCUAGAACCUGAGACCACAUCACGGGCUGGACAGACUGAAAUGUCGCCCAGCCCCGGGAAGCAGGUGCUUGGUCCAUCCGAGCUCAGUGGGGAGAAGAAAAAAGGAAAGAGGAAGUCCUUGUCCCCUGGCUUGAGGGUGAAGACCUCCCCAGAACCCAGGCAAGGUGACGAGGUGACCAGAGUUGGCAAGAAGCUCAAAAAACAAAAGAAGGAGAAAAAGGGUCAGGAAACCACAGCCAUCUCAGCCAGGGACCCUUGGUGCUGUGAGGCUGGGGAUGCUCCCUACACUUGCUCAGUAGUGAAGGAUGGUGAGGAGCAGGCAGCCUCGGGGCAGAAACGGAAGCAGGGGAGCUCCAAGGAACACAGCAUGAAGAUGAAGAAGAAAAAGAAAAUCCAUCAAGAGGGAGAUACCCCCCUGGGACACCCCAAGCUCUCCAUGUCUGUGGAGAGCAGCUCUAGGAAAAGAAGUAAAAAGAAGCCAAUCAAAGUCGAGGCUCCAGAAUACAUCCCUCUAGGAGAUGGCCCCAGGACCCCUGCAAAGAAGAAAAUGAAGUCCAAGAAAAAAGCAGAACACACAGGCAUUGAGGAGUCAAUUUUGAAGAGGAAGAAGAAGAAGAAGAAGAAGAAGAAGCAGGAGAGCAGAGCAGCAGCAGAACCUUGGGAGGAGGAGCCCGACACAGACUUAGAGGUGGUGUUGGAAAAGAAAGGCAACAUGGACGAGACACACAUAGACCAGGUGAGGCGAAAGGCCUUGCAAGAAGAGAUCGAUCGUGAGUCAGGCAAAACAGAAGCUUCUGACACCAAGAAGUGGACAGGAACUCAGUUUGGCCAAUGGGAUACUGCUGGUUUUGCAAACGAGGAACAGAAACUGAAAUUUCUCAAACUCAUGGGGGGCUUUAAAAAUCUGUCCCCUUCAUUCAGUCGCCCCCCCAGCACGACCAGAAGGCCCAACAUGGCUCUGAGCAAGAAGGCGGCCGACACCCUGCAGCAGAACCUGCAGCAGGACUACGACCGGGCCCUGAGCUGGAAGGCCAGCCGCGGGGCAGGCCUCGGCUUCGCCCCUGCCCCGGGCAAGGUCUUCUACAUUGACAGGAACGCGUCCAAGUCAAUCAAGUUUGAAGAUUAAACGCUACUGCCCUGUCCCCCAGAACAGCCACAGUUGCUUUUAUUGUUGUGUUAUGCAGAUGAAAGCCACAGGACAGUUGUCUGGAAUCGAACUCCUGCAGAGAUUAAGGGCAACUAUGUUGUCGCGCCUGGACAGACUGGGGUGAGGGCAGCUCAGGUUUCAGGAGCCAGGAGAUCGUGUGAGGGGCUAAACCGCCUGUGUGCUGUGUGAAGCGUUCCAUCCGUUCGUCCUGCGGUGUGUGUACGUAGGAAUAGCUAACGUUUGUCGAGUGCUGAGUGUGUGCCAGGCACAUAGUGAAGUGUCUCCCUUGCAUUAAUGUAUUUAAUCUUCAUAACUAUGAAACAGGUGCUAUUAUCAUCCCCAUCUUAUAGAUGAGGAAACCGAGGUUCAGGGAGGAAGUAAUAAAGUUGCCUGGGGUCACCCAA